AUGGUUAAUCGGAGUAAGUCGAAUGAAGGUAUGGAGGAUAAGAUCUCACAGAUGCAAGAACAGCUUCAGAAACUAAUGGAGGGAAUGACCAGCAUCAUGAAUAGGAAUUCGCAGGUUGACAAGGAGAUGGGGGAAUUAAAGGAAAACUUGGCGAGACUAGCAGUUAAUAAUCGAGAAAAAGAAGGGGGAAGAGAAGAAUCUUCUACUGGAAGAGCUUGCUCCAUGGAUUUGCAUAAUGAUUACAGGUCAAGAGACAAUCAUAAUCAUGGUAACUUCUUCACUCGAUUUUCUAGGUUGGAUUUUCCUAAAUUCUCUGGCUUAGAAUUAAGAACUUGGCUAUAUAAGGUUGACCAGUUCUUCUCUAUGGAUGAAAUUCCAUUUGAGCAAAGGGUUAAGAUAGCUUGUAUCCAUAUGGAAGGAGAAGCUAUAGCUUGGCACAAAUCGUAUGUGAGAUCAAGGAACUCAACUGCAGAGUUGAGUUGGACUGAGUAUGUGUUGGCCUUGAAUGAAAGAUUUGGGGAAGGGUUUGAGGAUGCUAUGGAAGCGCUCAAGAAAUUAACUCAAACAGGUAGUGUGCAGAAAUAUCAGGCUAAAUUUGAUAGGUUGUUGACAUCUGUGAACCUAUCAAUGGAAAACCAAAUUAGUUGUUACUUGGGAGGGUUGACUCCAGAGUUGAAUAAGGCUGUAAGGCUGAAAUCACUUAAGCCAUUGAUGCAGGCCUAUAAAUUGACAAGAUUGCAGGAUGAUGUUUUUAAAGCUCAAGCAAAGUAUUGGGGUUUGAGGAGUGGAGGAAGAGUGCAAGGACCCCUAUUACCUACUCCCCUAUUUGCUAAACCACCUGUUCUAAAUUUUGCAGUUAAAAAGAGUAGUGAUGUUCAACCAAUUAGAUAUCCAAGGUUUAAUGGAAAUAAUACUGGAAGGAGACUAACUUCUGCAGAAAUGGAUGAGAAAAGGGCAAAAGGGUUGUGCUUUUUUUGUGAUGAAAAAUAUGUUAUGGAACAUAAGUGUGCAACCAAGAAACAAAUUUAUUUGAUUGAUGCAGUAGAAGAUGAUCAGCUACAAAAAUUUGAAUGUGAUGAAGCAGGACAAGAAGUUGUACUAGAACCUGAAGAGUUGAUGACCAUUUCCUUACAAGCCUAUACUGGUAUCUCUGGAUAUCAAACAAUUAGGGUGACAGGUUAUCAUGAGAAGAUGCCCUUGCAGGUUCUUAUAGACACUGGGAGUACACACAACUUUAUAGAUCAGGAGGUUGCAAAAAGGCUGGGAUGUCAAGCUAAUAACAUAGAGGAGCAAUCUAUAAGUGUAGCUGAUGGGAGAAAAGUGACCACAACAUCAAUUUGCAAAAAUCAGCGGUGGUUGUUACAAGGCACUACUUUUGCUUCAGAUUUCUUGCUACUUUCUUUAGGUAAUGUGGAUAUUGUUUUGGGUGUCCAGUGGUUAAGCACCUUGGGAAGAAUACUCUUUGAUUUCAGCAGCAGAACUAUUGAGUUCAGGUACCAAGGCAAGAAACAUGUCCGGAUAGGAUCAACCAAUAAGUUGAAGACUACUAAGAGUAAGACUUUAAUCAAGCAGUGUGCAGUUGAGAAUCAGCUUUACAUGUUAUCCUUAAUGCCUACAGAUUAUGCAAAAUACCUUUGCUACAACAUUCAAACUAAUCAAGGUAAUGAAACUCCCUUGAUUUUAAUUGGUUUACUUGAUGAGUUUGCUAGCAUCUUUGAAGUGCCAACAACCUUACCACCUCAUAGAGGACCUUUUGAUCAUAGAAUUCCUUUGUUAGAUUCAGCAAAUCCAGUCAGUAAAAGACCUUACAGGUACCCUGGGAUUAAGAAGGAUAUUAUUGAGAAAUUGGUUCAAGAAAUGUUGGAUCAAGUGUUUGAGUUAAUGCACCAGUUCCAACUAUUUGCUAAGAUGUCCAAGUGUGCUUUUGGAGUCAAGCAGGUGGAAUAUCUUGGUCAUUUUAUAAAUGGAGAAAGUGUUGAUACUGAUCCUAAAAAGAUCACUGCAAUUCAACAUUGGCCUACUUCUACUAACCUCAAACAGUUGAGAGGGUUCUUCGGAUUAGUUGGCUAUUACAGAAGAUUUAUUAAGGGAUUUGGUGCUAUUUGUAGACCCUUACACGAUCUCUUAAAUAAGGAUGAGUUCAGCUGA